UGUUCUACGGUUUUAGUAAAUACAAAAUUUUCCAGUAUUAUACUAAUUAAUUCGUUGCCGUUUUUGUUAGCAGCUAACAAUGCUCACUAUGUGGAAAAAAUGGUGCCGAUUGUGCGCUAACGAACAACCCGGCAAACCCCUCGAAUCACUCGACGAGUUGAACAAAAUUGUUUUGAGACAUCUCAACUUUUCGUUACUAGAAAUAGCUAAUUCAAGCUGUUGCGUCUGCGAUGAAUGCUACGACUUUGUACACAAAUUGGAUAAUUUCAAGGAACGUUACCAACAAACGCACAAUAUGUUAGCUGAAUUGUAUUCCUUGAACGAAAAAGAUCUCAUAGAAACGAAAUUACAAGAAAUACGAUUUAAGUUACUAGGUGAUUCAACAAUUGUACCAGUCAAGGAAGAAAUUUUUGUGCAAACUUUUAACUGGGAAUACAACUCUCUGAGAUCACAAUCUGCUGAACGGAACGAGCAAAAAGAAUGGAUAAACAGUGAAAAGCCACCGCAGGAUGCACGAAAAGACAAAAACAAAAAGCAAUCAAAGGUAUCUUCGCCCAAAGACAAUCAUUCCGAUGAAGACUCAGAUGAGUUCAACGUUUUGAGUAUUUCUGAAUAUGAUCAUCCAUCAGAAUCUGACUCAAUCAAUGGCACGGUAAAAAUCAAGAAACAAGUAAAGCGGAAACAUCAGAAGCAUCUCACGGUAGAAAAUUCACCAGAAAAAAGGAGAAACAUAAAAAGAUCAUGGAAAUGUGAACCAUGUGACUUAGACGUUCGACACAAAUCAGCUUAUAUGGCCCAUCUAGAAUCUAAACAUCCUCAUUCGGAAGAACUUUUAUUUGUUUGUUCUUCAUGUCCCAGACGAUUUGCUUCAGACAGACGAGCAAAGUCACACGCGGAAACUCAUCUUCCGAGUGACGUUAAAAAUAUUCACCCCUGCCGGUAUUGCAAUAAAAAAUUCAGCAAGGUAGCGAGUGUUGUUUUACAUAUAAAAGCAAUCCACAUCGGUGAACGGCCAUAUAUUUGCGAGGAAUGUGGUAAAGAUUUUACUACUAAUGGUUCACUUAAAGAGCAUCAGACAACACAUAGCGACGAGCGACGCUUUAUGUGCACCCAAUGUUCAAAAGGAUUCAAGAAUUUGCCAGCAUUAAAGAACCAUAUCGACACACAUUCGGACACGAAAUACGUUUGCACUCAUUGUGGGUUAAAACUCAAUACGAAACGAACCCUGCGGCGUCACAUGGUAGUACACUCGGAUCAGAAAAAGUUCAAAUGCCAGUAUUGCAGCAAUGAGUUCAAGCGAUCCAAAACUUUGAAGAAUCACCUAAUGCUUCACACCGGUCAUCGACCAUACAAAUGCCCAUUCUGUGAGAAAACCUUCGCCACCGGUCCGAACUGUCGUCAACACAAGAAGAUCGCACACCCACUAGAACUACACGCACUCGAAGCAUCGGGCGAACAAACCUGGGCUACCGAUAUCCCUAAGCUGGAGCAACUGCAACCGAAACAUCUGGUAGUUAAUAGGGUAAUCGAAUAAGAAAUCGAUCCCUUGAACGUACUUAAAAAUUGUUGGGUAUUCGGGCUGCAUGUUAAAAUGGCUCUAACGUGAAAUUGAAAAAAAAAUAAACGCUUUUACAUGCCAAGUAUCCUAAGGGUAACAUAAACAAUUAUUCUCUAUUACGUUUCGUUUUCGGAUUAUCAGCCUAUUGCAAUUCAAGUUGGACUGGUAGUGUACUACACACUUCGAAAAACUUACAUCUUUAUAUAGAUGCACAUAAAAGGAGUGUCGCGAUUCACUUACAUUCACAAUUCAAAGCAUGUGAAGAUAAGUCAUAUCACUAACUUCACAGUUAAUUUCACCGAAGCUUACAUCGAUGCAGACACAAAAUUUAUUUUUACAUGUUAAUAGCUGUAAUAUUGUGUCAUCACCGAAGAAAUUACGGCAUGUUUGAAUUUAUGUCAAGUGUAAAUUUCAUUUUUUCAUGAUCACUACAACUACCCAGUCAAAUUGAUUUUAAUCCAAUUCUAUUCGGAAUCGAUUCAGAAUUCGUUUUAAAAUACAAAAUUCCAAAUUUAAUUUCUGACGAUGGAUAUACAGCUACGAAAAUCGAGCACUGCCUAUCAGACUCGAUACACCGUAUGUGCGGAAUGCCGGCAAAAUAGUCUGGCUAAUGCUGCCAGUCGUCUGGGAGCACCAGAUCGGAAAAAAGCGGCAGUCUGCAGAAACCAGACUAGAUUCCUGAUGAUGUCCGGCAUUAUUUUAGCAUUGUUGCUAGCCGUUUCCCGAAUGUUGACAGACGCAGUCGGCUGUCUAGGGGUAAUCCGUACCAGUAAAUCUGAACUAGCGUAACGGCACCCUUAUUCAUUUCAGCUCUAUUAGUCAUUUCAUAUAUGAAAACCUUUAGCACAGACUAACAGACAGGACACUCAAAUUAGAUUCUUCAAUCAUUUUAACGGUCAUUUCGAAUAUUUCUUUAGUUGGGACAGUACUCGCAUAUGGCAUGAUGGCGCCAUAUUACCCUAUCAAAAACAUCCUGUCUGUCAUCUAGACUGUGGUUAUUUUUUUCAUUUACCAACAAAGUUGCCAUUCAUACAGAAUUACCUGUAGUGUAUUGAUUUGUAUACGUCCAUGCGAAUUUCAUGCAGGAUACAGAUUUAAUACAUAUUGCCAAAACUAUACACAUAAUUGUGCCUACUUCUCAACCUUCAACGCAAUACAAAAUCGAACCCGUUUUGAUACAAUAUCUACUUACUUGUGGUCUGCCGCCACUUAAUUUCGAGUGAAAAUAACCAACACAAUCAAAAAUAGUCUAGAUGAACAACGUUGAGAAAAAUAUAUGGUUACCUUCCAACAUCGUUAAAAAAUGUUAAAUAUAUUAUCAACGUGAUCCAAUAAUUUAUUGUGACGAAUCAUUUUCAAAUAUUAUGAUGAAAUCAGGCAUCCCUGUAAGCAGCUGAUCGGUGUUGACAAACGAGGGGGAACCAACUAGUAAAAAAACUUUUACAUAACACAAGGGGUGUAUCGAUAGAAAAUAGUUCGCGCAGUACAAUAUAGGUGGAACU